CUCCACAGAACGUCACUUCUGCUCAGUGUACGUCAAAACAUGGCGCUGCUACUAAGGACGUUGGCCCGUCAGGGCUUGUCCGCCUCCAGGCCGCGGUGCAGCGUCCUCUACGUCAGGCAUGCUGCUCCAAUGGGAACCACCGCCAAGGAGGAGAUGAACAAGUUUUGGGCCAAAAAUACCAGAUUGAACCGACCCAUGUCACCUCACAUCACCAUUUACAAAUGGUCGGUCCCCAUGAUGAUGUCCAUCACACACAGAGGAACCGGGGUGGGCCUCAGUGGAGCCAUUUCCGCCUUCGCCGUGGCCGCUCUGCUCCUGCCCGGCAGUUACGCGCACUACCUGGAUCUGGUCCACUCGCUCUCCGUCGGCCCCGUCCUCAUCGGCCUGGCCAAGGUGGCCAUCGCCUUCCCUGUCUCCUUCCACACCUUCAACGGAAUCCGACAUUUGUGGUGGGAUCUGGGCAAAGGCUUCAAAAUUCCCCAAGUGUACCGCAGCGGCUACACCGUCAUCGGCCUGUCCGUCAUCACCGCCAUCUGCGCCGCCACGCUCCUCUGAGCUCACGCCGCCAAGGCUGAGUGCAAAGUGUUUUUGUAUGUUCUGAACAAAAAAAAUCCAAAACAAUAAAGAGUUCUGCAUGUGUAUGAUGUAUGUAUGGCCCAGACAA